AUGUUAGACACUUUCGUUGUGCCUGCCGCAGCCCCACUUGAGGGCCCAGCAGUACCCACACCCGAAAUUUCGGUACAGGUCUCCGAGGACACCUACGGCAGAGUCGCCGUGGGACCGCUGGAACGCGGGUUUGCACAGACAAUCGGCAAUCCGCUGCGGCGUAUUCUGCUCAGCUCCACCCCGGGUACCGCCGUGACUUGGGUGAAGAUCGGGGACGUGGUCCAUGAAUACAUGGCCAUUCCAGGCGUUAAAGAGGAGGUGAUGGAGAUCCUCCUCAACAUCAAGGGCAUACGCAUCCGGUCGGCAACUGGACGCGACGGGAAAAUGCGACUUGAGGUUAGGGGCGGCGGUCCUAUUUGUGCGGGGGACAUUAUGACGUCCUCCGACUUUGAAAUCGUCAAUCCUGAACAGCAUCUUGCCACCCUCGAUGACGAGGAAGUUGAGCUGGCAAUUGAGUUUAACGUCCGGCAGGGCACCGGUUAUCAAACCGCGCAGCCCGGCGAGGACGGUCUAAACCUCCCAGCGGGCGCGCUGCCGGUUGACGCGAUAUUCAGCCCCGUAAGGAAGGUGAACUUCAAGGUCGAACGUACCCGCGUCGGGCAAAUUACCGACUUUGAACGUUUGCUCCUGGAAGUGUGGACCGACGGGGCCAUUCGACCCAUUGAGGCCGUUCAGCAGGCCGCCGAAAAGUUGGUGCAGAAUUUCCUUCUGUUCAGCAAGCUCAAUAGGGCUGCAGAACACGGAAUAGACCGUGCCCCGCUGGUCGUUUCUCCCGAAAUCUACCAGACUCCCAUCGAGAAGCUGGAACUUUCGCCUCGGACUUUAAACUGCCUGAAGCGGGCGCAGAUCAACCGGGUGGGCGAAGUUCUUGAAAUGAGUGAAGAUGACCUGCUGAGGAUUCGCAAUUUUGGCGAAAAAUCAUUGGUCGAGUUGCAGGAAAAGCUGGCGGAGCACGGGAUUACCAGUACCAAACAGGAGUCAGAUUCUGAGUCGGCUUCCGUUGGACUUAUAACCGCGGAUGAUCUUACCGAGUUGAUGGGCGGCGGAGACGAGGAUGAUUCCGCUGCUCUUCCAGUAGGCAUGACUUUCGAAGACGACAGCCCGAUCGAUUCCGAUGAUGAACCGGAAGGAGAUGGGCUGGACGACGAGGAGUUGGACUAG